AUGAGUAAAGAAAAGGACCCGCUGGAGCCAGAUUCAAAGCUCACCGAGCCAAAAAAAGGGAAAAGUCGAACUCAAAAGGGUUGGUUGAAUGUUCGAGCGGCUCUCACAAGCUGGUCUUUUUGGAUCUCGGCUCUCUCUACUUUAAUCACCCUCAUUGCUGCCAUUCAUUUCACCAUUUUCUUCUCAAAAGCGUUGAAAGGAUUUGCUAAGCAGAUUAACGCCUUUGUGAAAGUGGGUGACUUGGGAAACUCGUUCUUUCAAACAAUCGUCACCAUCUUUGUGAUCGUCUUUGUCGUCUAUCUUUUCUUCAUCCAUCUUGCAUCAACAAAGAUCUUCCGGAAUUGGCUGAGUGGGUGCGGUACAGCUUGCAUUCUCUUCGUUUCCUCGAUAUUUUCACAGAUCUUUCUGGUAGCUUGGGUCUUGGUGACGUGCAUCGUCUCAGCUCUAACUCUUGUCUAUUUCCUCUUCAUCGGUGCAAUCUAUUCCUUCUGUUCCCUAGUGGACACAGAAUGUUUCAACUUCAAAGUGCUCAUCCCCGCCAUUGUGAAUCGUUUCAGCAACAAUCAAAUCGACAUGACGUUUUGCCAGGAUAAGAAGGAAAUCUUGUGCAAUCGGACGAACAAUAUGAUCGGGAAUUUCGGGAUCGCUUUGACGAUGGCUUUACUCACUUUCUGUGGUUGCCUCAUUGUUCAAAAUUGUGUCGUUUAUGGACUCGGGAAGAAAAACGCAAAAAGUGAGAAGAGAAAAGACGAAAAUAUCGAAAUGGAGGAUCUUCAA